CGAGCGUUUUGUCGAGAUAACUUUUAGUUAAAAUUUUCGCAUAAACACGUGAAGUUCUGAUGUGUUGUUGACAAGAAUAAGAGCAAUAGUAUCGUAGCAGUAGAAAAAAAGAAAUCUUGUAAACAAGGAAAUAUUUAAAAAUCAAGGAAGGAUACGAUAUUUGGAUAAUACGAGUGUUGUUUGAUAAAUAAGUGUGUUUAAAAUAAAUAAAUAAAUUCAAAUUAAAAAAUGCGCACCGAUCAACCUUCACAACGUAAUAAUAGUUCGGGUUCCGAAGUAUCCUUGGAAAUACCACCCAAUGCUAUUUAUAAUACAUCACGUGAUUGCAUAGUACAAGAUGAGGAUAACAAUGUUGACAAACCCGGUUGUUGUACCACAACCAUGGAUUGGUUGAAACAAACCUCGGCGAAUAUAUUUCGCAAAAAGACCUUAUAUAAACGUUUGCCGAUCUUGACCUGGUUACCAAAAUAUAAUCGUCAAGAUUUUAUAGGCGAUUUAAUGGCUGGCGUUACGGUUGGUUUAACUGUUAUACCACAGGGUUUAGCUUAUGCUGGCAUAGCUGGAUUAGAUUUACAGUACGGUUUAUAUGGUUGCUUUUUGGGUUGUUUCAUUUACAUAUUCCUUGGCUCAAGUAAAGAUGUUCCCGUUGGACCCACCGCCAUUUCGGCUUUACUCACCUUCCAGACCGCACAGGGUGUCUGGCAAAAAGCUGUUUUACUUACCUUCUUAACGGGACUCAUAGAAAUUGGCAUGGGUGUAUUUCGAUUGGGUUUUCUUAUAGAUUUUGUCUCAGGCCCGGUUAGUGCUGGUUUUACUAGUGCCGGUUCUCUGAUAAUUUUCACCUCACAAUUUAAGGAUCUCUUUGGUGUCAACACCAAGGGUGAUACAUUUGUGGACAUGUGGAUUUCGAUUAUAAAUGAUAUACACAAUAUCAGCUGGAACGAUGCUGCUCUGGGUGUAGCUUGCAUUGUAGUCCUCUUGAGUAUGCGCGCAAUGGCCAGUAUGAGUUUUGGACCCAAAGAUGGUCAUAAGACAUGCUGUCAGAAAUUUUGGUCGGGUCUUUUUUGGGUUGUUGGUACCUCACGUAAUGCUGUUUUAGUUGUGGUUACCGCCGGUAUAGGUUAUUAUCUGAUUAGUUCGGAUAUUGAUAUAUUCCGUAUGGUGGGUUAUGUACCUUCUGGUAUGCCGGAAUUUAGAUUGCCACCCUUUGGCAUGACGACUGUUAUGAAUAGCACUACGGGAGAAGUUAUUGAAGUGCACGAAAGCUUUGCCCAAAUGGUUAGUAGUUUGGGUUCUGGUCUUAUAGUAGUGCCUCUUAUUGCUCUAUUGGAAAAUAUGGCUGUGGUGCAGGCUUUUGCAAAUGGUAAACCUUGUGAUGCUACCCAAGAACUUAUUGCUGUGGGUGUUUGCAAUGUUGCUAAUUCAUUUGCUCAGGGUUUCCGUGGUAAUGGUGGCAUUGCCCGUGGUGCUGUUUUAAAUUCCAGCGGUGUACGCACUCAACUUUCCAAUGUGUAUACGGGUCUUAUUGUUAUCAUUGCUUUAUUAUAUGCUACUCCCGCCUUUUAUUAUAUUCCAAAGGCGGCCUUGGCUGCUAUUAUAAUGGCUGCUGUUAUAUUCAUGAUUCAAUAUCGUGUCGUUAAACCCAUGUGGAGAAGUAAAAAAUCUGAUUUGAUUCCCGGUUUGGCCACCUUUAUUGCCUGUUUGGUAUUACCCUUGCAGUUGGGUAUUUUAGUAGGAAUUGGCAUUAAUAUUGUUUUUAUUCUUUAUCAUGCCGCUCGUCCUAAAUUACGUGUGGAAACUUUAUGUACAUCCAAUGGCCAUAAAUACCUAAUGCUAACCCCUGAUCGUUGUCUGAUCUUCCCCUCUGUGGAAUUUGUACGUAAUGUUAUUACCAAACAGGGACGCAAAUCUACAUUGCCCGUGGUCAUCGAUUGUACUCAUAUUUAUGGUGCUGAUUACACUGCUGCCAAGGUGGUCUCCACUAUGAUUGAUGAUUUUGAAACACGCCAACAGAAACUUUACUUCUACAACUUACAACCCAGAGUUGCUGAAGUAUUUGAGGGUAUUAAUAAUAAUCUAGUAGUAAUUUACGAUAUGACCGUUUUAGAAAUGAGAUUAUCGGGUAAAGAAGAUGAAACUUCUAAAUUAUAGGAAACACAGGUAAUUAAUUGCUUUAAAAAAACCAAGGUAAAUUUCUUAGGAUAUUCUAGUGCCACAUUAAGAGAAAGAGUAUUAUAUUAAAAAAUCGUAAUUCCUAUUGUAGUUAGUAAUGUAGUAUUUAGUCAAGUAGAAAUUUUAAUGAUUUUUUUUAAUAAUUAUUUCUAUGUUGAAUUUUUGUAAUAAUAAUUAGUUGUAUUUUUGUUAUUUUACAAUUGUACAUACAUUUAGUUUGUAUUGUAAGUAGUUUGUAAAUGUUUGUAUUAUUUAGUUUUAAUUUUAAUGUAGUUACAGUAUAAAAAAACCUUAAUUUAAUUAUUUCUAUAAAACGAAAUUACAACAAAA